AUGUCGCGACAUUUUAGGAAUAAUUUUAAGGAUUAUGAGACGGGAGACGAACGAGUUUUCGAAGAAAAAAAAGAAAAAAUUGUUGAAUUGAUAAGAAAAUAUGUUGAAUUGAUAGUAGAAAAUACAAAACCACGAAAAAAUGAGAGAAAUCGCAGAGGAGAUUUGUAUGUAGGAGAUGCGGGAAUUGCUUUUAUGUUCACGAAACUUCAUCAAUUUGACCCGAAUUUAGUGAGAAAUGCAUUGGAGCUUGGAAAAUUGUACAUUGAGUCAGCUAAGAAGAACUUAUCAUCCAAACCUUGCGCGUUUUUGUGCGGAAAUGCGGGAAUUUUUGCCGUUUCUGCUGUUGUCAAUCAUCUAAAUGGACAAAAAUCUGCUGAAAAAGCCGACAUUGACACUUAUUUGGAGUCCUUACCAAAGUGUCUCGACCCGAAAUUCGGAGAUGACGACAACACAGGCGAUGAAUUUCUUGUCGGGCGGGCUGGAUUUCUCUCCGGGAUGUAUUACAUCAAUGAAGAAAUUGACGAAAAUUGCAUCGAAAAUGACAAAAUCCUGGAAUUAUGUAAUUUUAUGCUCAACAGUGGUCGAAAUUUUUCAUCUGAACAGCAAUUAGACAUUCCUUUGAUGUAUCAAUGGCACGGAAAAAAAUAUUUGGGAGCAGCUCAUGGCAUUUCUGCGAUACUUUUUACUCUGCUACGAUCAUCUUGGUUCUCAAAAAGUACCGAAAACGAUGAAUUUUCGAAUAUUUCACAUACUAAACUCGCUGAUAUCAAAAACUCAAUCGAUUAUUUGUUGCGAUUUCAAGCUGCGGAUGGAAAUUUUCCGACAAAAUUCGACUCUGACGACAAACAUCUCGUUCAUUGGUGUCACGGAUCGCCUGGAUUCAUCAUUUUAUAUGCAAAAGCGUAUCUCGUCUUCAAGGAAAAGUCAUAUCUGGAGGCUUGUGUUCGUUGCGCAGACAAUAUUUGGCAUCAAGGUCUCUUGCUGAAGGGUCCCGGGAUCUGUCACGGCAUCGCAGGCAACGGAUAUGCGUUUUUACUGAUGUUUCGUCUCACAAACAACCCAAAAUACCUCCAUCGAGCUCAUAAAUUUGCAGAAUUUCUCGAAACUGACGACUUUAAGAGACAUUCACGAACUCCCGAUCGUCCUUUUAGCUUAUUCGAAGGCAUCGCGGGCACCGUUUGUUUCCUCAUUGAUCUCAUGACUCCUGAAAAAGCGGCGUUUCCGUUCAUGAAUGUGUUUUAGUUUUAAGCUGUGAACCAAAAUUUUCAAAUUUCUCAA